UCAGAGAGAGACAUCUUCCCAAGAAGGAGGGGGAGGGGCUUUGUGAGGAAGGAGGAAGGAGGAAGUUAGGGGCUGGAGCUAGGGUGAAAAUUAUUUCCCUCUCCUCGGGACUAUCAAAUAGUCACUGUCUUUAGUCACUUGCAGACAGCUUGCUUUCUUCACAGCCUUGGGCACUGGCCAAGUCACAGCUCCCGGGCACCAGGCUGCGGACAUGGGGGCCCUUCCGUGGCUGCUCCUGCUCUCACUGCUCCAGGAAGCCAAAGGAGAUUCUGGAGACGGUGUGGAUCCCGAGGAAGUGGUCGCAGUCCUGCAGGAGUCCAUCAGCCUCCCCCUGGAAAUACCACCUGACGAAGAGGUUGAGAAAGUCAUCUGGUCCUCCCACGUAACGUUGGCUAUUGUGGUGCCAACGAAGGAGGGACAUUUAGCUAACGUCACGGUGACCGACCCUCGCUACGAGGGCCGGGUGAGCUUCCCAAGUCCCAGCUACUCUCUGCACAUCGGCAAUCUGAGCUGGGAGGACUCAGGGCCUUACCAAGCUCAGGUCAACCUGAGGACGUCCCAGAUCGCCAGCCUGCAGCAGUACAACCUGCGCAUCUACCGACGGCUGUCGGAGCCUUCCAUCACUGUGAACUUUGAGAUCUCUGGGGACGGUCUCUGUAAUAUGUCCCUGACAUGCUCUGUAGAGCAGGCCGGCCUGGACGUGACCUACAGCUGGAUAUCCCGGGAGGAUGGUGUUGACACAGCACAUGAAGGCUCUGUCCUCAGCACAUCCUGGAGGCCCGGGGACCAUGCCCUCUUCUACACCUGCAGGGCUAGCAACCCCGUCAGCAGCAUGAGUUCCUAUCUCAUCCCUGCUGGGCCCUUCUGUGCAGAUCUUAGGUACCCUUCAGAGAAGGCCUCCGCUUCCUUCUGCCUCCUGGUCAAGGCACUGCUCCUCCUCCUGCUCUUGGUAACUCUGGCCACGGGGCUGUGGCUCGCUCGAGGCCAGAAAGGAUGCAAGAUACCAAGGUUGAAAAAAAUCAGGAGAAACAGAUUGAGACUGAGAAAGACGGACAAGCCUGGCCCAGCUGGCUUAGUGGUUGAACGUCGACCUAUGAAUCAGGAGGUCACAGUUGGAUUCCCGGUCAGGACACGGGCCCGGGUUGCGGGCUCCAUCCCCAGUCGGGGGCGUGCAGGAGGUCUAUGAUUCCCUUUCAUCAUUGAUGUUUCUAUCUCUCUCCCUUUCUCUUCCUCUCUGAAAUCAAUAAAAGUAUAUUAAAAAAUAAAGUUGAAGAGAGAGAGAGAGAGAGAGAGAGGAGAGAGAGAGAGAGAGAGAGAGAGAGAGAGAGAGAGAGAGAGAGGAGCCUGGCCCUUGCCUGGCCUGAUAGCCCCUUGGGGACCCCGAUCCUGACCACUGUUUCUUCCCAGCUCCAGGAAAUCCUCCUUCUCCAAAGGCUAUACUUGUCAAAGGGCUGAGGGUGGAUGUACAAAGGGCCUUACCCUCCCAGGGAUGAUUGGCAAUAAAGUUGAAUCAGAUGACUGCCAUUCUGGAGAAGCUUG